GAGCGAACGCAUCAGACCAAAUCAAAGCUACAUCGCGCUCUCCUUUCGCGUCCACUUGGAACAGAAACGCACAAGGAGACGACAAUAGCAGCGUUCUGAUUUCACGAUCUUUGGGACUUUCGUUUCAUUCAUUCAAGAGCAAGAUUCAUCACAUCGGACUACAAGAACGCUGUUUGACUGUCAUCGUUUGCGCUCUCGCACAUUGAACUCAUCAGACACGAAACUGUCAUUUAAGAAGAACUCUAUGUGUGCAAAAAUGGAGCAGCCGUUUUAUCACGACGACUCGUUUCUGUUGGGUUACGGUCAUUCUGACGCCAGUCUACACGACUUUAAACUUCAGAAGCAGAUGCACUUGAAUCUGUCCGAACCCUAUCGGAACCUCAAAUCGGACCUGUACCAGACCACCAGCUCUGACGUCGGGUCACUCAAACUCGCCUCGCCCGAGCUCGAGCGACUGAUCAUUCAGAACAGCAACGGGGUCCUGACGACACCCACGCCGGGUCAGUACCUGUACGGCCGGGGCAUCACCGACGAGCAGGAGGGAUUCGCGGAAGGUUUCGUCGAGGCGUUGGAUGCGUUGCACAAGAUGAACCAGAUGCCUCCGCCCAACGUGUCGAUUGGAGCGGGUGGCGUGACGACGUGCUCCACGACUGCGCCCGUCUUCGGCUCCUCCCUGCAGUCAGAGCCUCCCAUUUACACGACGUUGAACGCGUAUUGCCCAGCACCCAGCCACCCGUCCGCCACCAUCAACUACCUGCCGCCGCACGCGCACCAGAACCAACACCAGGAAAGCGCGCACGGCUUCCAUCACUCCGCGAUCCACCCGCAGCGCUUCGUGGCGUUAAAGGAGGAACCGCAGACCGUUCCGGACAUGCACAGCAGCGACGGAUCGCCGCCCAUGUCCCCGAUCAACAUGGAGAGCCAGGAGCGCAUCAAGGCGGAACGCAAGAAGCUCCGCAACCGACUGGCCGCCACCAAGUGCCGCAAGCGCAAGCUGGAGCGCAUCGCCCGGCUCGAGGACAAAGUAAAGGGUCUCAAGAACGACAACGCCGGGCUGUCCAACACGGCGUCGGUACUGCGGGAACAGGUCGCCCAACUCAAACAGAAGGUCCUGAGACACAUGAACAGUGGCUGUCAGCUCAUGCUCACCAGUAAGAUGGAGGCGUUUUAAGCGUUUACUGCAAAAUGACACUGGUAACUGUUUGUGUUCUACACCGACCGAAUGACACUGGGAGUUCACAAGCACUCUAUGAGCUGUGAACUGGUGUUUCUGGACACCGUUCAGCUCACCUCGAACCCUCGUCCGGAUCAGAAGAGAUCGGACACCGAGAGCGGACACUGCGCUCCCCGGAGCCGGGUCCGAGGACUCGAUGGAAAGGCAGUUCGCUUCGUCAACAAUAACGAUCAAUAUUUAUGUUUCACCAUGUAAACGCAUCUGAUAUUCUCGUGUUGUUGAACCAUUUCUCAACUUAUAAAUUAUUCUUCUUGUCGGGUUGAUCCUGACCUGUGUUAACAAUGUCACUUGUUUACAAUGUGUUUUUUAUUGUGUGCGCUGUUUAUUUAAGUAAACGUUUUGAAAUAAUGAAA